CUAAUUUAGCUGCGUCUUUCGCUUUGUUCUGCAUCCUUCUUUCUCACAUCCCUCCUGCAGCCUGUUCGUGAAAAAUUGAAAAAAAACCCCCACACUGACUUUGUGGUUUCACUUUUCAUCCUUGCACCCCAUGCGCUCUGACCACCAGGAAACCCUACCAUAGUUAGCCGCUGUCAGCGCACGUCUUAUCUCUCUCCCUCUCUCUAUUCUCCCGCUCACGGUUUGCUUGCCUGCAAUUGACCCGAGUCGUCUCCGUUUCCCAAAUCAUCGUCUCUCGAUAUGACGACCCCAUUGCCAGGCGAUAGCAUCGUCUCCAUGGUCGACUCCGUAUCAUUAACGUCACGCGAAGCAGCGUCUGGACUGCUUGGGUCGAUCUCACUUACCUGCUGGAUCUUCCUCCUGGUCCCUCAGCUCAUCGAAAAUUACCGCAACGGCAACGCUGAAGCGAUUUCCCUCCUCUUCCUCUUCGUUUGGUUCGUGGGUGACAUCACCAACCUCAUUGGCGGUGCCUGGGCUGGCCUGGUCCCCGUCAUUGUCGCCAUUGCCGUUUAUUUCUGUAUCGCCGACGGCGUCCUCAUCGGCCAAUGCCUGUACUAUAAGUCCCGCAAUUCGCGCCAGGCCGCGGCGCGCCAUCGCCGGCGGCGCUCAUCCGUUGAGACCCCGGAUACAAUCACGCCUUUGCUGGGCCGGCGGUUCAGCGACGCAGUCGAGCAUCAUCGUCCAGCUGCGCGCCGGGCGGAGGGCUAUGUGCAAGGCGGCAGCCACCACAACGAGUACGGGAAUCUCGCGUCCUCAGGGCCGGAAGACACCCUCGCCAAGAUUGUCGAGGAAAACGACGUCGGUCGCAAAGCGUGGGUCAAGAAUUUCAGUAGUGUGCUGGCUAUCUGCGUGAUUGGAAUGGCGGGCUGGACCAUCGCGUGGCAGACGGGCGUGUGGAAACCGGCCCCCAAGGUAGUUGAUGGCGGAGUGGACAUGGCGCCAGGCGCAAUGGUGCUGGGAUAUAUCAGCGCGAUUUGCUAUCUAGGUGCGCGUCUGCCGCAGAUCUAUAAGAACUACAGCGAAAAGUCGUGUGAGGGUCUCUCCCUUCUUUUCUUCAUUCUGUCUCUCAUGGGCAAUCUGACCUAUGGCGCCGGGAUUCUAUGCCACUCUACCGAAAGAAAUUAUAUCAUCACCAAUGUCCCGUGGUUGAUUGGCUCCUUGGGCACUAUGAUCGAGGACGUGACGAUAUUUAUCCAGUUCCGACUCUACGCCGCUCAGGACCCUGAGAAUGUGGAAUAAAUGUAUACUUAUUGUAUGAUGCAGUUGUACGUUCUGAGUCUGAUUCUGUUGCAUAUGCGGGUGGUUUAGCGUGUAUGGUUUUUCGUCUUCGUUUUAUAGCUGGCUGAUUGGGGUUAUUGUGCUUUACUAUAUAUUGCGCCGGUGUCGCGCUGGGCGGUAG